GCUGGCUCGCAGAACCGUUCCAACUUCCACCGCGGUCGCAGCCAUCAUUGUGGGUCAAGUUUCCGAAAAAGCGAAAGAAAAAAAAACGCCCCAAGGAAAACAUAGCAGUCACUCUCGAAACUAUCGAUAUCCCUCCCCCCCGCCCCGGUCGGUUUGACAGCAGCACGUGCCGAUCGUUUUUUAACAGUAACGGAAAGUAAUAAUCGAUAAAGAAACUAAACUCAACGUCUGCAACAGUCGAUCAACGAUACAGAGCAAAAAUGGUUUACGAAAGCGACUUCUACACGACCCGGCGUCCUUAUUCUCGCCCGCUGGUAUCCUCCUACACCGUCACGGGCCCUACAGUACUACCUCUUUCCUCCGUCAUUCAGGUGAGGUCGUAUCCUCAUAUGCCGUACGUGGCGCACAAACGGCUAGUGACAUUUGUCCACACGCCGAUACACACCGUCUACCACACCGGGACACCGAUACCGAUCAGGAUUCACUCGCGGGUCAGGCCGAGCGUUUUGGCCGCCGAAUACAACAGGAUACGGGACCUUCCGAGGUCCUCGAGCACCUCCUACACCGAGAGAUACCUCAACUCGAAAGACAGCAUCCUCUUCGACGACGAGGCCAGGCAGAUACGCGCCAAGGCCGACGCCCUGCUUCGCCGCAUCCACGUCUUCGUCCCCCGUCUGCCGGCGAGCGAUUUCCACGAAGACAUCGUGCCGCUCGAGCGUCUGCGUAGCGACGACUACAUCCGCCGACUUCUCGGCGCUCGCAAGAACGUCCAGAAGGAGAUGGAGCUCGCGCCCUGGUACACCGUCCCCGAACAGCGCAACCUCGGCAAGGGUAAUCUCGCCUGCGUCCAGUACGUCGGAGGGAGGCCCCACUCCCGCAGGAGGCCCUACUUCAAGGUCGCCGACCUCAAGCCCAACGACAUUCUGAACGACGUCAAUCUACUCAGCUUCUACAGCAAGAAUCGGCAGGCCGCAGCUUACGCCUCUCCCGUAAGUCCCCUCACCGACAGAGAACAGCGAAAGGCACGAGCGGUUGAACCCGAAUGGAAGCCGACGCCGACGCCGGCGCCGCCACAGAAUGCUGCAUCUCCUCCUCCGCCAGAGCCCGAGGAACCUGUCGUCGAGAAGAAGAAGGAAAAGAAGGAGAAGAAGGAGAAGAAGAAGGAGAAACAGGAUAGGAUGACAGCCGCCGAGGAGGAGGCAGCGUUGAAAAGGGCCGAGGAAUUCCUAGCGAAGCAAGCCGAGGAGGCUAGAAUCGAGGCGGAAAGGAAGCUGGCAGCUGAACAGGAGCGUCUCAGGCUGGAGCAAGAGGCAGAGGAGGCAAGGAUCGCUCUGGAGAGGGCGCAGGAGGAGGCGGAGGCCGAGAGGAAACUUGAGGAGGCGAGACUCGAGGCCGAGCGGCUGGAGGCCGAGAGGAUAGCUCACGAAGAAAGAUUGGCACUCGAAGAGGCUGAAAUUGCUGCAGCCGAAGCGGAGCAGGAGAGACUCAGACUCCUAAAGGCGACCGAGGAGGAACACAAGAAGCAACAGGAGGAAGAACGCUUGGCCGCGGAGGCCGCGGCGGCCGCAGCGGAGGCUUUGGCCGCGGAAGAGGCUCAGCUGGCUCAGGAAGCUCUCGACGAGGCCCAGCGAACCCAGCAGGAACAGGAGGAGCAGCAGGACGAGACAAUCGUCGAUGAGGAGCCUCAGAUCGACGAGGUUCCCGCUAGCGCGGAUGACGAGGCCAACGCCGGCGCCGACACGUUUGUCGAGGAGCCGACCGACGCCGAGGGUGGCGACAGCAAACCGGAAGAAGAUCCGAUCGUCGAUAACGACGUGCCGCAGAUCGAGGAGGUCACUUCUGGCGCGGAGGAUAUUUGGGGCGACAAAGAGGACGCGUAAUCCUCGAGGUAAUCGCGGCUCGAACGAAGAAAGAAUAAAAAUCGAAUGUUCCUCUCCGGCUACUCACAGCUCCUACCCGCAAUCGUGUAACCACCUCGAACGUAUUAAUAUACAGUAUGCAUAUACAUAUAGUUUUAUACACCUAAUACAUUAAUACCGUAGACGUAUCUACGCAUGUAUAGAAUAUAUUAUACAACUCGUUGACUAUAGUUUAUCUUAAUUUUCUUCUCCUCAGAAUUGAACAAUUUCAUAAUACC